AUGAUAGCCGCAAGGCAAAUUUCGAGACCAGUAGCUGAUAGAAUAUUACGGUAUGGUAAAGAUCACCCGUUCUUGAGAAAAAAUGUACUAAUCCCUUUAGGACGAGGUUUGGCGCACCUGACGACUCGGGUUCGGAUGAAAAACUUGGGGUUAGGGAACCCCGUAACUCUAGCACCAGUAUCAGAAGCUACUGCUUUGGAACAGGCUUCGGAGCUGAUGCAACAAGUUGUAUUGUUCACAUAUAGUGUUGGUGUUUUCGCAGGAUAUUAUUUUUACACUAAAUAUACCACUCCAGAAACAAUGAAGGCCGAAGUCUUUGCUUCUUUCAAAAAGGAUCUUAUAUGUACUUCACUUUUGCCUCUUUUUCAGAAAUUGAUAGCAGACUUGCAGCCUGGAACAAGUUCUGAAACGAACAACGAUUCCAGUGCGAAAGGUAAUAAUAGUUUGCCUACAUGUGGAGAAGUUACGCAUGUUGCACUUCCAAAUAGGGAGCAGUUUGUGGUUUUGCGAAGUGGAGAUUCGGUCGUUAUUGAACCAUUAGAGAAUGUUAUUUUGAGAGGAACGACAUAUGUCAUGCGAAAUUCUGUUUUUAAACCUCAAUUUCAUAAAAAUUCUAGUAAGUCUUCAGACCAAUAG